AUGUGUAGUCCUACUAUCAGCCAUCUUCUCCAGGUCGUGUCGAUUGGACAAGAUCUCAAUUCACUCAAAUUUUUUUUUUUUGUACACACCAACUACAACCGUCAAUUUUCAAUUCUUUUACUCUUCGUUAAUGAUUUGCCACUAAAUCAUUACAACCCUAUUUUCACAACUCAAUUCACAAUGUCAUCAUCAUCGUCACCUACAAUCAAUUUCUUCAUUAAUUACAAUCAACCAUUACAAGGUAAAAAAAUCACAGUACCAAAAUCAACAUCAAUUAAUCAAUUGAUAUUACAAGCUUUAACGGUAUAUAAAAUCGACCCUAAUAAUUAUGAAGGACAACUUUAUCAUAAUGGAAAAUUAUUAGAUGGAUCAUUGCCUAUUCGAUUAACCAAUUUAUUAAAUAAUGCCAAAUUGAAUUUAAAAACCAUUCCUAAACUGAACUCCUCUACAAAUGUAGACACCACCACCAAUACUGGUAGUGCCAAUCAUCAUAAGAUUAAUGUUAAAUUUAUUAAUGAUGAUACUGGUUCAAGUAAAGUACAAAAAUGUUCUAGUGGAUUGAAUUUAAUUGAAUUGAUUGAAAAAUUCAAUGGGGAUAUUUCCCGUCAAUCAGAUUUACGAAUUGUUAAUGUUAUUAUUGAAUCGGAAAAAUAUCGUGAAACUACUUUAGAAUCAAUUGUGGGGAAAUCUAAUAAUGUUGUUGUUCGAUUGAAAUAUAGAAAAAUUGAUAAUGAUGAUAAUGAUAGAAUGGUUAAAGAAAAACAAGAAGAAGCAAUUAGAUUACAUAUUGAACAAGAGAGUAUUAGAAAGAAGAAGGUUCAUGAACAGGAGAAAGUAGAACAAAGUUUGAAAGAACAGCAGCAACAGCAACAGCAACAGCAGGUCCAACAACAACAGCAAGAGCAGCAAGACAAUAAAAAUGUUGAUGCUGUGGAAGACGCUAUUAUUGAAGACCCAAAAGAAGAUCUACCACAUGAAGUAUCUUCCCUGAAUGAGAGACAAGCAAUUCAACCAAAACAGGAAAACUUGUCACAUCCAACAAUUGUACAACCACAACAAUAUACAUUUCAAGAAGAAGAAAUCAAAGAUACACCACAAUUAUACAUUCCUUCCAAUAAGCAACAAGCAUUGUAUGAAAAUCCCGACGAAGAUUACGAGUUGACGUUAAAUCAAGCGAAAACAUAUCAAAAUAUGAUUAGAGAUUCUGCUAAAAGAAAACCUAAAUCAAAAGGAGAUAAACCAAUUAGUUUACCUAAUAAAUAUCAAAUUAGAAUCAAAUUUCCUGAUGCAUCAAUUUUACAAAUCAAUUUUAUUGAAAAUGUUCAUGAGAUCAAAUUUGGUAAUUUAAUUAAAAAAAUUGAUGAAUUAUUAUUACCAAAAUUUAUUAAUAUUUAUAAUUUAAAACAUGGUCAUCCACCAUUUAAAACCAUUGAUAUGUCUUAUUCUAAUAAUAAUGAGUAUUUAUAUAAUUUACCUGAUUUCCAACAAGAAAGAAUCAUGCUUAUUUGGGAAUUACAAAAACCCGAUUUGAAUUUAAAAGGACCCUAUAUUAAAAAUGAUAAUUUAAACAUAAAACAAAGUGAAGAAUUACCUGAAAGAGUGUUAGAAAGACAUAGAGGAGAAUUACCAAGUGGAACCGAUAAUGAAAAAAGAGUUAAUACACCAAGAAGUAACACCACCACCACCACCACCGACAAUGAUUCUAAAUCUACGAAAAAACCAAAAGUUCCCAAAUGGUUUAAAAUGAAAUAG